AUGCUCAAAAUAAAGGCCCUUUUCUCGAAAAAGAAGCCGGAUCAGGCGGAUUUGUCUCAGGAAUCUAAAAAAUCAUUCAAGGGUAAGACUAGGUCAAGUGGUGCAAACAACAAAGAUGUUCCCCAGAAUAGUUCUCCCCCGAAGCAAAGUCACCAGGGCGGAAAUACGAUGCAGUACCCCAGUGCCAUCGCAGAUGAUCAUCAUAUGAAAUCUUUAACUGAUGAAUUAGUAACCACAAUAGACUCAGACUCCUCUCCGAGUGAUAAUAUUACCACUGAAAAUGUGGAAACAGUUACUUCCGUGCCAGCUAUCGAUGUCCAUGAAAGUAGUGAAGAUCAACUAAGUUAUGACCCCUUAAUGUCUGACGAAUCUCUUUCGGGACAAAGCGAGGUCAUUAGUGAUAUCCAGGAUGGCGAUACUGAUGAUGACAAUAUGGAAGAUGAAAUUCCGGAAAAAUCUUUCCUCGAACAAAAGGAGUUGAUAGGCUACAAGCUGAUCAAUAAAAUCGGUGAAGGUGCUUUCUCAAAAGUGUUUAGGGCAAUACCUGCUAAAAAUAGUUCUAAUGAGUUUUUGACUAAAAACUAUAAAGCUGUAGCCAUUAAAGUUAUUAAAAAGGCAGAUUUAUCCUCCAUUAAUGGUGAUCAUCGCAAGAAGGACAAGGGCAAAGAUAACACUAAGACUUCUUCCAGGGAUCAAGUCUUGAAAGAAGUAGCACUACAUAAGACGGUUUCUGCUGGCUGUUCACAAAUUGUUGCGUUCAUAGACUUCCAAGAAACAGAUAGCUACUAUUAUAUUAUUCAAGAGUUACUAACCGGUGGAGAAAUCUUCGGCGAAAUUGUCAGAUUGACCUAUUUCAGUGAAGACUUAUCAAGGCAUGUGGUCAAACAAUUAGCACUGGCUGUUAAACAUAUGCAUUCAUUAGGUGUAGUUCAUCGUGAUAUAAAACCUGAGAAUCUUCUUUUCGAACCGAUUGAGUUUACGCGCUCUGUAAAACCAAAAUUGAGGAAAUCAGAUGACCCGCAAACGAAGGCAGACGAGGGUAUUUUCACACCAGGGAUUGGUGGUGGUGGAAUUGGUAUAGUAAAGCUAGCUGAUUUUGGUUUGUCCAAACAAAUUUUUUCCAAGAACACCAAGACUCCUUGUGGUACAGUAGGUUAUACUGCGCCUGAAGUUGUCAAAGAUGAACAUUAUUCCAUGAAAGUGGACAUGUGGGGGAUUGGAUGUGUUUUAUAUACAAUGCUAUGUGGAUUCCCGCCAUUCUAUGAUGAGAAAAUUGACACUUUGACUGAAAAAAUAUCAAGGGGUGAGUAUACCUUUUUAAAACCUUGGUGGGAUGAAAUCAGCCCGGGUGCUAAGAAUGCCGUGGCCAAACUAUUAGAAUUGGAGCCGUCUAAAAGAUACGAUAUCGACCAGUUUUUGGAUGACCCAUGGUUGAACUCAUUCGAUUGUUUACCAAAGGAGGGCGAUUCUUCACAAAAGAAAGCAGGUACUUCCGAAAGACGCCAUCCACAUAAGAAACAAUUCCAACUAUUUCAAAGGGACUCCUCGCUACUGUUUUCACCAGCUGCUGUUGCUAUGCGUGACGCCUUUGAUAUCGGUAAUGCUGUGAAACGUACCGAAGAAGAUCGUAUGGGAACCCGUGGAGGAUUGGGUUCCCUUGCUGAAGAUGAGGAAUCAGAAGAUAGUAACAAUGGCGCUCGAGGAGAUGAGCAACUAGAACAAGACAUGUUCCAACUAACACUGGACACGUCCACGAUUCUGCAAAGAAGAAAAAAAGUUCAAGAUAACGACGUAGGGCCUAAGAUUCCAAUCAGUGCCACUAUCCGGGAAUAG